GAAAAAGGAAUCAAAAGAAAAAAUAGUAACGACGAAAAAGAGAGAAAAAGAAAGGUCUGUACUGCGAAACGCAUUCUGGCAGUAUCAGCAGCAGCAGAAGCUUCUUCUUCUUCUUCAAUAUCUCUGAAAAACUUGAAUCAAAUGUCUUCAACUUUCUAUCCUUCAUCCUCCAAGCCCCCUAAAAUCCCAGUCGUUGUCUCCACCGGAAACCAUCUUCAACCCCCAAACCCUAACCCUAGCCCUGUUUCUACUCACAACAACUCUCCGAUCUCUAUGCCUCCUCAAGACCUUAUUCUCUCUCGCUCUUCGCAUCUCACGCGCCCAGAGCUUCUCAGGCGCCGAUCCCACCACCUCAGGCAACUCUCCCGAUGCUAUAGAGACCACUACUGGGCUCUCAUGGAAGACCUCAAACUUCAGUACAGAGAGUACUACUGGCGCUUUGGUAUUAGCCCUUUCAAGGAAGACCAACACCAAAAUCAAGAGAGAUCACAGCAAGUUACCGGCGCAGUUUCAGAGAGAGAAACUGGUGACAGGGAGGGUGCUCUUAAUUGCAUUGAAGGUACUGGUGAAAACGUUAAUUGCAAUCCUACUAGUAACAAGAGCGAUUUUGAUUUCAAGAACAAUCGUCGCUGCUUGUUCGUCGGUUGUAAAUUGAAGGCCAUGGCGUUGACCAGCUUUUGUCAUCUGCAUAUUCUUUCCGAUUCCAAGCAGAAACUCUACAAGGCUUGCAGUUAUGUCAUCAAGAGUGCUCAAGCAGGGCCUAUAACAUGUGGGAAACCAAUAUUGAGAUCGACUAUUCCUUCUCUUUGUAAUGUCCAUUUCCAGAAGGCUCAGAAGCAUGUUACCCGAGCUUUGAAGAAGGCAGGUCUUAAUGUUUCCUCGUCAAGUAAACUUGCUCCUAAAUUCCAUGUCAUAGUUACAGAGUAUGUGCGUCAAAUUCAAGCCAAAAGAAGAGCCGUACAAAAAGAAAAUCUUGGUAAACCUGUGGUUCAAGAAGAAAUUACUAGCUGAGCCUGGUGGCAGCUGUUGCAUUCAUUUUCAUCAAUGACCGUGUAAAUCAAUGCAAAAACCAAAGGUGUUGAUAACAGUGAGAGUUGAAAUAAAGAGUAGGGUUUAAACACUUGACAUGAACAUAGUUGAUGAUGUUAAGGAGUAGGUGGCAAAUCUCCUCGGCUGGGAAAUGUACCAUAUGAACCUUGUCUUGAGGAAAGUUGUUUCUAAUCCAAUCUGAAUAGUUGCUUCACAAAAGCUACAUUCUUUUUUGGGGCAACUUUUGUAUGCUAAGCCCCCCAAACCUUGUAAUUGUAUAGCUAUUGAACUUCAAACGCCACUCUCUCUCCCUCCCUCUCUCUUUCUCUCUCUCUUUCAAUAUAUACAUAUAUCCAUCUAUACCUCUCUGCUCACGGGGAUUUGAUGGGUGAGUUUUCCAA